UCUACUUGUGUAUGGCCACUCCUCAGUGUGUUCCAUGAAAAAGGCGCAUAUCCACACUAAAGAAUAUUGAAAACAGUAACUUUAUAAUAAUGAUAAUAGUUGUGGAUUAUCUUUUCGUACAUGAAAAAAUGAGUUGCUUGUUGUGAUAAAACGCACAUUCACAGUUGCAGUCAGAGGAAGGGGGAACGGAAGACACAGAGAAGGAAAAGAAAGAACAGUUUCAGACAGAAAUGGGUUGAGUGAAAGAUUAGAAAACAACGUAGUGUGAGAAAUAUUAACGAAAAGUGAACUAUAGAAUAAAGAGAAGUGUGGCUGAUUUCGUUAAUAGCGCAUGAGUAAGUUCGGCAUCUCCAGGAAAUCUAAGCUAAAUGUUAAACAAUGGCGACUUCAAAUUACACUGUAGGUUCGGGCUCCGUGGCAAGACAUGGUCUUCCCACAGAGCGGGUUUUGGAAAAUGAAGAGACCCGCAUUCACCACCGUUUAUUUCAAAUUACUUUGGUGCCAUCCCUGAAACCUCUUAUGUAUAUUGUGACACAAAUGGUAAGAGGGAAAAAUCCAAAUGAAAAUCUCAUUGACUACUUUGACAGAAUUAAUCCUAAAAAUGUUAAAUUCAAUAAGACUCACAAGGAAACUAUUUUAUCUGAUCCUUCAUGUCUUUCCUAUGACAUCACUCUCUGUUUCAAAAUAAUACAAGAAUAUUGUGACAAAGUUAAAGAAAAAAAUGAUCUAGUUUGGACAACUCCAGGUGACACUUUGGAGUAUUAUAUUACAGAAAUUAAGAAUAAGAGAAAUGAUUUUAUACACAAAGUUUACAGAGGUGACAUGGCAAAGUUCGAACAGAUCGUUCGUGAAAUGAAACGUCUCCUCAGAAAGACAUGGGAGAAAAUUGCUCAAACAUUUAGAACUGACACUUCGAUGGAUAUCCUGGCAAUGGAAGCAGAUAUCACAAAGAUUACAGCGGCGCCUUUUGAAGAUAUUCGGGUUUACUUAAGUGAAUUGCAAGCCACAAUGAUCACUGAUGGUGUUGCAAGCAUGAAAGAGAAUUAUGUGAACAAUCUUUCUUAUGUUCCAGAUGUACAUUUGCUAAAUAAAAACUUAGGGGCUCGUAGUAAGAUCAAGGUCCUGAAAGUUUUCACAGAAAUGCAGAUAGUAUAUGAAGAGGGAAGGAAGAAUAUAACUAUGGAUGAAUGGUUCAUCGAACUAGAGAACAUACAUGACAGGCAAAGUAAACAGAGUCGAUUCCUGCUCGUGGAAGGAAUGGCUGGUGUAGGAAAAUCAACUCUUAUUAGGAAACUAGUUCUUGACUGGGCCUCUGGGAGCAGCACAAUUAUCGAUCUGGGUGAUUUUGAACUACUAAUAUAUAUGCAGUUUAGAGAGAAGCAUAUUAAUUCCAUGUCCCUUUUGUGUACUUCUGUUCUGCCAUUCAUGCGGGGAAAGGUGGACCCCGAAUAUCUAAUGAUGUUAACUGAAGGUAGUAAUAUCAUAUUCGUAUGUGAUGGUCUUGAUGAAAACAAUUCUCAGUCAAUCCAACUGUUUAAGGAGAUUCUCGAUUAUGGAACAAAAAUCCCACUGACGGUAGUGUGUACCACACGCCCAAACGAAAUUGGGAAUCUGCUGCUCAUGUUACCUGCUCAGUUUUCUUACCUACGCCUUCAGGUAUUAGGAAUUCAUGAUACAAAUAGGCCCGCUUUCAUAAAAAGGUAUUUGGAAGCCCAAAACCCAGGUAUAGAUCCUCAGUCUUUGCUUGAUUACCUGAACAGAGUAUCAACUCGUAUGCAGGAGCACUUACGAUUUCCUUAUAAUCUUACAUGCCUUGUAAUGCUUUGGAUCCUUAAUCCAGGAAUGAUCAACAGCUUGACGACCGCAACAGAGUUGUUCAUGGUAACACAUAAUGAAACAGAAAAAAAACUGAAGACCAGGCAACUUGAAAAGGGUGCAGAGUUGAGUGAAAUAUCCGAGAACAUAGAUAGUAUUAUGAAUACGCUGUAUGAAAUAGCUCUCAUUCAUCACGGAUCAGGUGACAUUAUUCUGACAGAGGAUUCACUGCAGUCACUAAAGAACGAAUGUUCUUGGCUAAAACUCGCUUGGGGGGAAAUAAGUAGUACAUUUUUUACUCAACAUAUAUCCUGGUUAGAUAACAAAGAAUCUUCAUACAGCUUUCCACACAAUGGCCUGCAGGAUUUUUAUGCAGCUAUGAGCAUCCUGAAGAAAGUCGAGGAUCAUAUACCUGACAAGAAGAAGACAAUAACAGAUGUAAGGAGGGCUCUUACUCGUAAUCACUGUUCCGUAGAUCAAAUCCGCUUUGUUCUUGGUAAAGUGGAUGAGGUACUGGACUCCCCUAUGUCAACCAGAAGCCUUGGGAGUGUCUUUCAAGAAAUAGCAAGAGAGGCUUCGCCAGAUAUUAGAACUGAUAAGCUCAUCAGAAGAUCACAGAAUAUUCUCACACAUCUCACUGGUAUUCUCCACUACAGAGGUAAGGCAUUCACAGAGGAGAGGGCUCAAGAGUUAUUUCUGCUACUUGAAGAGUCAGGGAUUCAAGAUACGGAGCAAUGGCUGGAUCUCUUGGAGCUGACCAAAUGUGAUGAAACUCUUUGUAAACUGAUAGCCCAGCGAUUUCCUGUUGGAAAAAGUAUAAAAGUCACAGAUUCCCGCACAGUAGCCUAUACAUCAUUGCUACCUCAUAUCAACAAGAAAAAAGUAAAUAUAUAUAUACACAUUGAAUGUGAACCUAAGCAAGUUCUACAUCUAGAGAAACUUCUACAUUGUGUCGAAGAGAAGCAAUGGAUGUUAAGAUUGGUCCUCUACCAUGAGUUCAGGCAGCCGAAGCCUGGAGGAAGCAGCCUGGACGGGGCUCUGAAACAACUACGAUGUUCAAUGUUCAGGUUUCAAGGACAAAUGAGCCUGACGUUGUUGGAGACACUGCCCAGUGCACUACAAGACCUCCGUUUAUCAGUGGCUAACAGUGAUCAGUAUUUGGCUCUUUCCCUUUAUAUGUCAGCAGUGAAGAGUCGGCUUCCACUUUUGGCCACUUUUAGAUUACAUAUUCCUGCACAUGUAGUGGACACGGAGUUACUUCAGCCACUACCGGAGGGUCUGAAGUUGGAGUUGAUAAUUAGCAAGGUCGAUAGCGACACGGUAGAAUGGGCGUGUCGAGCUGCUUCUGCGCUUCAACCAAAGGAGAGCCGAUAUUGUUUCCUGUCCCUACUUGGUGUUGGCAAUAGCACACUGGUGUGCCACCGCCUGCUGGAGGCCCUCGUCCGUGACGGCGUGCAGAUGGCCAAGGAUGCGCUUCUUGUGGUUUCCCCAAAAUUGGCCAUGAAAGACGCGAGUCAGAUGAAGAAGAGCUUCAUGGCUCGGCUCGGCUGUCGGUUCCGAUCUUGGAGAGAGGACGCCAUCUGGACUUACUCCUAGCGCCGCUCCAGUUUACCCUCUGAACUCGUGCUUCUUUUCUACCUGACACAUUUCUUCUGAGAAAAGAGGAACACUUUCAUAUUUUCAAAUUUCAAUUGAGUAACAAUAAUAGAGAUCCUUUGUCAAAAGUUUAAAGAAUGAAAGAAGUUCUUGAGUGGAAUCUUUAAAGUUUUUUGUGCAUUUAUCAGCCAUUUACAAACUAGUUUGUCUGAGACCUAAAGAGGACAGACCUUGAUAUAGAAAUAUAUAUGUACAGGUUAUAGGUUCUUUAUAAAUCAAUACUGCACAUGGUACAUUCUCUUGUAUGACAUUUUAUUGAUACCACAAGAUAUCUUAAAUGUUUUUUUAACCCAGUGCCGACGGGCAUGACGUGUACGUGUAUGCAAUGUCCACUGUGGGUUUACUUGUUUAAUUGUUUUUACACAUAGAUGGCUACACUUGUACUAAGUCACC